UCUCCCCCAACGCUCCUCCUCUACCAGCUCCCCCAACGCUCAAACCCACGGCAAACCAAUGGAGAUCUCCUUCCUCAGACCCACAGCAAAGCAUCCAAAGACACCAUACCCACAGAUUCCUCAAUCAAAACCCACCACACCCACCAUACGGCCAUACCCACAAACCAAUAGAGAUCUCCUUCCUCAGACCCACGGCAAAGACCACUUCUCCUUCCUCCAAAAUGCAUACCCACCAACAAACCACCACAUGCAACCUCAAUUAUGUUGGUCGGCGAUACACCAUCACACCCAGCCCAGCCCAGUCGGCGAUACACCAUCACACCCAACCCAGCCCGUCGAAACUGGUCCACAAAGUCUUUUCCUCCAUUCAAAUCAAGGUCAAAGCUAGGACAAGAAUUCCGAACAUAUGGAAGUUGGAAACCAUAAGGAAGGUUU